CUCCUCCUCCUCGUCUUCCUCCCUCUCUGGGGUUUUCUGGAGCCAAACAGGAGGGAAGCCACAGCAGCACCGGCCGGACUGGGAGCCUGAAGCAGAUUCCCUGCAGAGCGCCGGAGUCUUGGAGGUUUAACCUGGGAGUUAUCACCGCUGGGAAACGCUGUCGCCAUGGGGGACGUGGUUUCCUCUCACCUGGACGAGAGCAGGCGGGAGAUGAUUACAGCUCGGACCAGAGAUGUGAUGGGGCAGUUUGGCGAUCUGUACGAGAAGCAGUACGCCGUCGCUCUCUUCAACGUCGUUCGCUUCGAGAUAGAAGGAGGCGGCGCACCGCAGUCGCAGCUGCUGCACCGAAAGGACCCUCUGGCGGGUCACACCAUCUUCUCCGGGAGUUUGUUCCAGUACCUGGAGGAGAACCGGAAGUGGAGGAACCGUUUCGUCUUCAUCCCAAACAGCUACGCCGUCAACCUCUACGAGAGCAAAGCGGCCCACGACCGAAUGCUGCAUCCAAAGGUUUCCAUUAACUGCGCCGGGUACAAGGCCCUGACCUCCAUGGAGGAGUACAUGGAGCUGCUCAACAGCAGCCUGCCAGAAAUCAAGGCCAAACCGAGCAACGCUCCCUUCAUCAAGUGUGCGACCCAGUUCCCGCUGAUCCUGUGGCACCCGUACGCUCGCCACUACUUCUUCUGCGUGGUGACGGAGAAGGAGCAGCAGAAGUGGCACGCCGUGCUGCAGGACUGCGUCAGACACAGCAACAACGGUCUGUCAGAGGAAGACACGGUCCAGACUCCGGCCUUCACCGACUCUGUGAGGCGCUACAGACAGGUCAAAGGUCACUACGGUACCUGGGAGAUGAUGUGCGGAUCGCCGCCUCAGAUCCUGGCUAACCUGGUUCUGGAGACGCUCCAGCCUGAGCUCAGAAAUGCGAUUGGCCCUCGGCUCAAGGGGAAGCUGCAGGACAGACAGAGGAAGUGGAUGUUGAUCUCUGACGCCGUGUACCGGCAGGUUCUGACCCAGACAAGCAGCCAGUACGCCGCCCUGGUGGACGCCUGUGAGGCCCAGAAGCCUUCGCUGGACGUCAGACUGCGCGGCGACAUGGACAUGCUCGUCACAACCAAAGAACACGUCAUCGGCAAGAUCAGAGCCCUGGUGAUGCCGAAAGCCGAGCAGCUCCUGCGCAGCAGCAUCCAGCCGUACCUGGGCUCCAUCCUGGAAGCCCUGAUGGAGCCCACCAGCCGCGGCUUCGCCGAGGUUCGGGACACUUUCUUCAAGGAGGUGGUGGAGAUCAGCAAGAACUCGCUCAACGGCGGCGGCAAAGACAAGCUGGGAGAGCAACUGGGGCGGCUGUCCAUGCUGGCCUUCCACCCGGUGAAGAUGCAGAGCGGCUACCAGCAGAUGCAGCAGCUGAACCUGGAGGGGCUGCAGCAGAGGUUCGACGUCUCCAGCCCCAACGUGUUCGUCAGCAGAGCCCAGAUCCUCAUGAGGGAGCAAAUGGACAACGCGGUGUUCACGUUUGAGCAGCUGCUCCACCAGGCUCUGGAGGCGCAGGGCGAGGACGACCUCUGCAAAAACAUCCAGAAGUGUCAGGACAGAGUUAUCAAGAAAUACGACUACGACAGCAGCACGGUGCGGAAGAAGUUCUUCAGAGAGGCUCUGCUGCAGAUCAUCAUCCCCUACAUGCUGCAGCAGCUCGCCCCGUCCUGCACACCAGAGCUGCCUCGCUUCCAGGAGCUGAUCUUUGAGGACUUGUCCCACUUCCUGCUGGUGGAGAACAUGUACGAAGAGGUCGUCCUGCAGUCCGUCUCCAAGGACAUCAUGAUGGCGGUGAAGGAGGCGGCGGUGCAGAGGAGACACAACCUGUACAGAGACAGCAUCGUUCUGACCAACAGCGACCCCAACCUGCACCUCCUGGAGGAAACCCCGCCGGUGGACUGGGGCGCCAAGUUCGGAUCCGACGGUGGAGAAGAAAAGGGAUUCAGAGGCAGACGUAAGCAAGUGGUCUCCAUGAUCCAGCUGGAGGGGCUGCCCAUCCCGUACGAGUCCUGCCUCGAGGUCCCGGGGGUGGAACUCAUUCCCGAGGAGGACGGGGACGUUGCCGAGGACGACAGAGAGGAAAACGAGGAGAACCCAGGUCAGUCCGAGGACCCCAAGUCUCCCGACAGCGUGAACCAAAUCAGAGACCUGAUCAACCCCGUGGUGGAGGUGGCUCUGCCGGAUCCAGAAGAGGACGCCACCACCGGGACGGAGACCACCAACGGCACCAUCACCAUGGAGGACGGGCUGCAGGAGGAAGUGACGCACGUCACCACCAUUGUGGGCGACAGCAUCAGCAAGUCCAAGUCCAUCAUGGAGCACCUGAUGGGCAGCAGGAAGCAGAAGGAGCUGCAAGACGAAGCGGCCAUCCAGAGAGCCAUCGAGGAGAUGGAGAUGGCGGUGCAGGAGGAGGACAGCGAACCGGCGAGCGAACAGGAAGCGAGCGAACACGCGACAGAAGCCUCCGACUCAGAGUCUCAGCCGCUAGCAACGGACUGCAGCUCAAGUAACGACGACAGCGGCUUCCAGUCCCCGACCAAUGAGGCCGAGGCCGAAACGAUCACCAACGGUCCGGACCAAACGGCCGACCCGGUGGACGUGGAACUGCUGCUAGCAUAGAAAACUGUAAAAACCCAAAACCCGAUGAGAAAAUAGAAAUUUAUUUAUUAAUGUGUUCGUCAGACAUUUAACAAAAAAUAAUUGUUAGAAGUAAAGAAAGUUAAAUUCAUACCUAGUCUAACAAAAUUUGUGUCAAACGUUUGUGCAGCAAAAUUCUUUGUUUGUGCUGCUAUCAUUGUAAUAUUAAUGUUUCCAGAGGUCAUGAAGGGUCAACUAAUCCCCACCUUCUUCAAAACAGACUAAAUCUGUCAAUUAACUCGACUACAUUUAUUCCAGAUUGUGCAGCAAACAAUUCUGUUUGUGCUGCUUUUGUUUUGAAGAUAUUAUUGAAAGUUUAAAGGUCAACCCAUGUUACCCAAAUCUAAGAGAAUUGGUGUCAAAUGUUUGUGCCGCUAUAAUUUUAAAGAUAUUAAUAGAAGACUCUCCAGAGGUCAACCACUCCCUCAUUCAUAUUUACAAAAAUCAAAACAAUUUGGUGUCAAACAACUCGGAUAUAUUUGUGCUGCUUUGUGCAGCAAAAAAGUGCUGCUUUUAGUUUGAAGAUAUUAUUGAAAAUUUAAAGGUCAGUUGGGUCAGUUUUACCCAAAUCUGACAAAACUGGUGUCAAAUGUUUGCGCUACAUUUGUGCAGUGGAAACUUUGAUUUGUGCCGCUAUAUUUUAAAGGUAUUAAUAGAAAACAAAUUUGGUGUCAAAACAACUCAGCUACGUUUGUGCCGCUUUUGCUUUGAAGAUAUUAAUGAUGACCUCUGGAAACUUUUUUAUUAACAUAUUUAAAAUGAUAGCAGCACAAACAAAACAUUUUACUGCACAAACUCACCAAUUUUGUCAACUUCACCCAGGUUAAAUUCAUCAUCUGCAAACAUUUUAUCACAUUGUUUUAAUCAGCUUGCUUCAUUCGACUGUAAAUGUGUGCAUCUGACCAGCAGGGGGCGCUACAGCAACAGCUGAGAACCUCCUGUAUUUCCUUUGCUUCAACACAAUUAUUGAUCUUCUAAGGUAAUCAGCAACAUCUGUUUUAAAUACAUGAACGUGUUUAUAGUAAAUACAUUGAGUUAAAUAUGAUUUUUUUUUUUAUUUAAUGUUUUUGUUUAAUAUUUUAUAAUCUCAUGGGGUUUGUAACCUGUCAUGAUGUUGUAAAGCUGAUUUCAUUCGCUCAUAUUAACGGGAUCAUAGCGGUGAUUAUCAAACUGUACGCUACUCUAUCAGUUAUUUAAAUAAAGGUUUGUAGUUUUGUGUAUU